CUCCAUCCUCAGAGUCAACUGCUCAUUCACUCAAUCGAGUCUUCGAAGCACCUGACGAAUCAACUAAGUUGAGAAAAGCUUAAAAAUGGCUUUCAGUCUCUAUUCUCUCGUGUUCGUUGCUACCAUUGCAGUCUUAGCCGAGGCACGAAACGCGGCUUAUUGCAAUUUGGCAUCGUGUGACGGAAAACAACAUACUUUGUGCCUGUUCUCGGCCGAAAACCCCAGUAAAACUUGCGGCAAGGUCCAAAACAUGGGCGUUACAAAAGAUCAGAUCCGAGAGAUUGUCGAUGUUCAUAACAAGUACAGAAAACUGGUGGCAAGCGGAGGCGAAAGACGCGGAGUUUCCGGUCCCCAGCCAGCGGGCAAUAUUGGACCCUUGACUUGGUCCCCUGAGUUAGCCGUUAUUGCUCAAGCCUGGGCCAAUCAGUGUCAAUUCGGACACGACGGUUGCAGAAAUACUCCUGCCACUAAAGUUGGACAGAACGUUGCCAUCUCGCAAGUUUACGGACAGGAACAGAAAUCCCUUUCCCAUAUGAUUUCCGGUUGGUACGAUGAAGUUAAGAACUUCGACAGCAACUUGGUGCGAUCUUACCAGAAUCGUGGUGGACCAGUAGUUGGUCACUACACCCAAAUGGUAUGGGGCAAAACAACGCACGUAGGAUGUGGUAUCAUCGACUACAUGAACGACGGUCCCUGGGAAUCGAGGUACCUCGUCUGCAACUACGGUCCUGCUGGAAAUUUCAUUGGACAACCCAUAUACUAGAAACCCCUGGCACCUCGAAUCGAGUCUACGAAAGGCAUAAUUUAUCAACAAACUGGCAUUUACCGUUAAAGCGUCAUUGUUUUUCUCUAUUAUUUUCCAUUCAUCGCUAUUCGUAUUAUUUAACUCCGCAUAAUCACAAUUGUUUGAAUAAAGGAUUUAGACAUAAUAAAAUAUAAA